CUUGAUCUCCCUCGGCCGCCAGGGGGAUAGAACAGCAGCCGAACCUAUCCGUCUUAGUGUGUGUGUGUGUGUGUGUGCUCGACAUUGGUAGCACGGGGCGGGAUCAGUCGUAGGUCCAGGUUGUUCGUGAUGGUGCGUGAUUGUUGUAUCGAUUAUGCCAAUCCUGUCAUUGUUCCCGUGAGUUGUUUUCGCAGGAGUUGGUACGUGGAACCGACCUGGGACGACGCUUGCAGAGCCAGGGACGUAUGCAAGAGGCACGGCAAAGGGCCUGAUGCGUCUUUUCUUGGGAUCUUGCUGCGCUCCAGCAAGUGAAGAGACUUCGUUACCGAGUGCCGUUUUGGCAAUGGACAUCGCUACAAACUGCUGAGACAUGGUGUUGCCAAUGUGGUUGAGGACAUCUAUACCAGCUUCGUCAUGGCAGUGUAUACCAGUUUGGUCAUGGGCACUUGUUUGGCCAGAGCCCACACCAAGCAUUGAGACCUUUGCAGCCAAAACGACCAACUCGACAGGAGCGAAUGCUGCCAGGUAGAGCGUUUUUACUAUAUUGGUCCAAUCGGCUUCUGGCUACAAGGAAACAUUCAUGCAGAUUGUAUUGGUCGAGUGGUUUCGCCAAACAUUUGAUCCUCGAUCUUCCGCCGUCACGGAGUUCUCUAGAAGUCCCAGGAGGUCUUUAGAGAGUUCGAGAGGUUUUCACAUCCCAUGUACACGCAUAUAAAUGUAUCAAGUCCUUCAAGAGCAGGCAAGCGAGGCGGAUCAUGCGUCUCGGAGAUUGUUUCGGCGGGCACGUCGGCAUUCGUGGAGCCCAAGAGAGGAAGUCGUGAAGCUAUGCGACUUCGGAUUGAGCAAGGAUUUGAGCUACUCCAGCGGUGCCGCUACACCGUUGGUGGGCACCCGGCGGUAUGCUAAAGAUGAGCCGAGGGCAAGUUCGCACAAGUCAAGACGGCAAGAUGGUGGACAGCUAUGCGUUGGGUGUUACCCUCUUCGCCAUGCUUGCUGGCCGUCAUCCGCCCGAGGGCGAGGAGAUCACAGAGCUGACAUUCCGUGGGGUAUUCUGGCAGCGCGUGAGUGCCGAGGCGCGCGACAUGAUUCUGGGGCUGAUGGAGCCAGACCCAGACCGGAGGUUGAGUCUCAGCGAGGUCUUGGAGCACCCGUGGCUGCAGCCGCGGCAGGAGGUUGAUACUGCCUCUGCCUUGGCGGACGACUGGGCAGAGCAAGAGGUCCUCCACUUCGUCGGCGGCGCCCGGGCGGCCGCCGCGUCGGCGGCCGCCGCGGCGCGCCGGGGGCCCGCGGAGCCCGUGGCGGCCUUCCCGGAGGCCCCGGCGUCCUCCAGCGCGGCCAGGAUACCCUUCACCAGGGACUAUGGCACCAGCACAGGAGCGAGUCCCGGGGCAGCCCCUGGCUGGGGCAACGUGUUCUCCUGGCUGCGGGCGGACGCUGCGGCGGCCGCGGCGCGGGACGUGCUCGCCCGUGCAGGACGCCCGCGCGGCCACCGCUCACCGCUCACCGAGUGA